CAUACGACGGCCGGAGCGGGUUUGUUGUUGUGGCCCAUGUGACCUUCAGACGAACUCUGUGGUGCGGUAACCUCAUGGUACUGUGCGUCGGCGUAGAAAUUUAAUUUGCGUGAUCAUUUGCGAAUCAUUUCGGUAACGGCCCAGCAGCCACGUAAUUUAUGACUGUUCAAGCGCACGCCGACGUACAGUUGGGCUGAAAUACGACUUGUUUUGCAGGCGGGGUAUAACAGAUCACCAUGUCAAAGGAACGGGCCUCUCGACGGUUUUAUCGUGUAGAAAGUCAAAACCAACUUCUGUCUUUCCUGGACAGAGGCCACUCCGCAGCCCUCGAGAAUCGGUGGACAUUUGAAACAGCAUGGGAAGUUGCAAACAAAGUGGGUGGCAUCUACACUGUUUUGCGAUCAAAAGCGUAUGUCUCAACGGAGGAGAUGGGUGACCAGUAUGUUAUGUUAGGUCCCUAUAAAGAGCACUGUGCCCGCACAGAAGUGGAGGAGGCAGAAUUCCCAGUCACCAGCCCACUCAGUAUUGCUGUCAACAAAAUGCGUGAUAUGGGAUUCAAGAUACACACGGGAACAUGGUUAGUAGACGGAAACCCGCAGCUGAUCUUGUUCGACAUCGGGUCGGCUGCCUGGAAGAUGGACGAGUACAAGCAGGAGCUGUGGGAAAAAUGCCACCUCGGUGCACCACACCCCGAUGUCGAGUGCAACGAUGCCAUCAUACUCGGUUAUCAAGUUGCACAGUUCAUUGAAGAGUUCAGGCAAGUUGCCGAGGAGUGUUCAAAUACUCCGCCACACAUUGUGGCACACUUUCACGAGUGGCAAGCAGGGGUGGGGCUGAUAGCUUUGCGAACUCGUCAUGUGGACGUCGCCACAGUCUUCACAACACACGCUACAUUGUUGGGACGGUUUCUGUGUGCCGGGAACACAGACUUCUACAAUAACCUGGAAAAGUUCAACAUUGAUGAAGAAGCUGGGAAGCGAAAUAUUUAUCACCGAUACUGUCUGGAACGAGCAGCUACUCACCUUGCGCAUGUCUUUACUACUGUGUCCGAAAUCACGGGACUUGAAGCUGAGCACCUCUUAAAGCGAAAGCCUGAUGUAAUUACUCCAAAUGGUCUUAAUGUCAAAAAGUUCCUCGCUCUCCAUGAAUUCCAGAACUUGCAUGCUCUGUCAAAAGAGAAAAUACAUGAGUUCGUAAGAGGACACUUUUAUGGACACUAUGACUUCGAUUUGGAUAAAACAUUGUAUUUCUUCAUAGCUGGAAGAUAUGAAUUUGGAAACAAAGGUGCUGAUGUAUUCAUUGAGGCAUUAGCACGGUUAAAUCAUUUUUUAAAGACAUCUUACCCAGAAAUCACAGUAGUUGCAUUCCUGAUAUUCCCUACCAAAACAAACAACUUCAACGUAGAGAGCUUACGUGGCCAUGCUGUGACAAAGAGCUUGAGAGACACAAUCAGUGACAUUCAGCAAAAAAUUGGAAAGAGGAUGUAUGAGAUUUGUCUGAGUGGGCGGCUGCCCAGUCCAGCAGACCUGCUACAGAAAGAAGACAUGGUGAAGAUUAAGAGAUGUAUAUAUUCUCUACAGAGGAAUGGUUUGCCACCUGUAACGACGCACAACGUAGCUGAUGACUGGAACGAUCCUGUUCUGAAUGCUGUCAGAAGGUGCCAGUUGUUCAACACGAGUAACGAUCGUGUCAAGAUUGUUUUUCAUCCAGAGUUUAUGUCCUCCACCAAUCCACUGUUUGGUCUCGAUUAUGAAGAGUUUGUGCGUGGUUGUCACCUCGGAGUGUUUCCGAGCUACUACGAGCCGUGGGGUUACACACCGGCAGAGUGUACAGUUAUGGGAAUACCAUCUAUUACAACAAAUCUCUCAGGUUUUGGCUGCUUCAUGCAGGAACACAUCGCAGACCCUAUGAGCUAUGGUAUUUAUGUUGUAGAUAGGCGCUAUAUAUCUCUUGAAGGCUCCGUGCAGCAAUUGGCAAGCUACAUGUAUGAUUUUGCACGACUGAAUCGAAGACAGCGAAUCAUUCAGCGAAACCGAACAGAACGACUGAGUGAUCUACUCGACUGGAGAAAUCUCGGAAUAUUCUACAGACAAGCACGGCAGAGGGCCCUACUGAGAACAUUCCCAGAUAUGGCAUCUGAGGAAGACGAAGGUGCCUUGGGCAAGUUCAGGUACCCUCGCCCUCUUUCCGAACCACCGUCUCCCGCCAGUUCACGACCGACGACGCCUGCGACGUCAUUGCCGGGUAGUGACGAAGAGGAUGAAGUUGAUGAAGAGAAAGAGCUUCAAGAACUCAAUGCUGUAAACCAUGUUAGCAGAUGAAGAACAAAGAAGUCGCUGCAUGCAAAGAAGAGAAUAACAAAUCAUUUGUCGUGUGUUCUGUUGUUAGAAUCUUAAAUGUUUAAACUAGGUGAUUAAAAAUCAAAAUGUAAUACUUUUACUUUGCAAUAGGUAGGGCUAAUUCUAUUUUCUUAUUGUACCAGAUCUUUUAGACAGAUUUUUCAGUGAAUAUAUUUUUGUAAGUGUGUGUCUUAUUCUUAUUAAUCUGCUCAGUACUAUCCAGUGUAAUUUAUUGCUACAUAGUAUUGACUUCUUCUCUUUUAUAGAGAGUGUUUAGCAACAACGGUAAAAGGAACUGUGCUGCAGUCUCUGGAAUAUGGCAGUGAUGGUUCCAAAUUACACUUAAAAUUUUCAAUAUUUGUAAUUAUGGUACUCAAUUUUGGAGGAUUCCAAAUAACAGCAAAAUUCUUUUUGUUCCUUUGUUUAAAGUAAUACACAUUGUCUUGGCAAUUUCAGAUAUUUUACUUUAUUGCAUGUUGAUCAAUUUCAGUAAGCUUUUAGUGCUGUUACACCAAAAUGGUAAAAGGAGAUCUAAAUUUCAACAGUGAUAUUAGUGUUAUUUCAAACUGCUGUAGAUGCAUUCUCAUUGUAAUUAGUGUAAUGUAGCUCUGCUCCAUAUUUCACUUUAGACUUGUGUGCUAAAUCCGUUUUAAAGGCAGAUGAUAUGUUCAGUUCUUUCAACAUGUUGUGGAUCACACUUAGUCAGGGUAUUGUGUUCAGUUUAAUGCACAUAAACAUUAACUACAUUACUGGCAAAAAUGUGUGUGUUUUUGUUACUGCCAUAUUGUGCCAAAAGAGGUUAUUAGUGUAUGGGAGAUUUGAAUGCACUGUCUUGAUGGAUGCUUAAUGGUUACAUGUUGUAAUUUAAACUAUAAAAAUGGAAUAUGGAUGUCAAUGUUGAAGAUAUUUAAGUACAUAUCAUUUGUAAGUGUGCAUGUAUCUUGAAGGAAAUAGUGCAGAAUUCCUUUGCUUGUGUGAAGUUUAAAUGAAUACUUCUUAAUUUUAGGGAACAAAAGUACAAUAUUAACUGUUUUACUGUGAUGGUCUGUUGUUAAAUUUUAUUUUUAAUAUUCAGACUUCUUAGCAGCUAAGAAAAUCUCCCAUUUUAUUUUGUGUUUUUUAUUAGCAAAAUAUACUUACAUUUUACCAUUUAAGAUUGUAGUUUUCUUGUCAACUGGGAGGUUUGAGAAAAAGAAAAUAGAUAUUCCUACACAAUAAUAGGAUUAUCCACAGUAUUAUGAGAAAGACAGAUUGCUUCUUCAGAAAAGAAGAUGCACACCUUCACAUAAGCACACGCACAUGCACAUGUGCCCAACUGCUAUCUUUGUGUGCUGUGACAUUUUGACUGGAGACAGUGGUCAUAUGUGCAUGUUUGCAUGAAUGUGUGUGUUUUGUUUUCUGAAGAACAUGUUGGGUGAAGGCUCAGUGUGUAACAGUCUUUUCAUUGUGCCUCUCUGCAAAUCAUCUUAAUGUUGAGUAGCAAUCUAUUCUUUUCAUAAUAUUGUUGAUAUUACAACCUGGACUUCCAAUUGUUCAAUAUUAGAAUACCUUUCGUAAAGUUAAACAUUUGGUAGUUCCUGGAAAAUGUAAUUCUCAUAAAGCCUUAGUGUGUGCUGAGAAAUAAGUUAUAUUUUAUACUGCUGGUUUGGUGUUUAAAGUGUAAUUGUAACAUGACAACUGUUAAAAGAUCUGAAAAUUUAAUUUUUGGGCAUCUUCAUGUUUUAUCUAUCCAGAGUUUAUUCAAAGUUAUAGUGAAUCACAUUUUUGUGUAUUUAAAAGAAACUUGAUAUACAUAUUUACAAGAAAAUUGUGGCACAUUUUCAUUCAUCAUUGUAUUUAGCUCAUACAGUACAGAUGUCC